CCGUGUGACGGCUGGGGGAUCGAAGGUCCCCACUUGUUUCGCAAGCUCCCCAGGCAGCUCCCAACUCCCGGGUUCGUCUUGGGAUUUGAGCAAGACCUCGGUACGCAACGCCGGAGCACAGCUUACCAUCGACAACACACAAACCGUGCCGAAGCGUCAAUUCUUAUCUGAAGACGGACGAGAGCGAUCACACUGCAAUCAGACGAACUCCCUUUGUGCAUCUAGAAGCGCAACCGCAUCGCAGUCCAACAGCAUAACCCAACAACGUAACCAGCCAUGGACUUCUCGGACACUUUUCGCAUUGUCAACCUCGUCGUGGCGGUGUUGAUGGUUCUGGGAGGAAUCUCGCAAUUCUUUCCGGUCGACUUCCAGCCAGCGAUCAUCGGUGUCUAUGUGAUCAUCUUUGGACUGGCAACCGGCCUGCUUGAGUUCCAGAUCCCGCCGCAGGUUGCGCGCUACGCGUCGUUCUUGUUCUCCUUCCUCGGCCGCGGUAUCUUCUACAUCUUCGUCGGCUGCAUUCUGCUCCACGACCACGUCCUUAGAAUCAUCGCCGGUUCCAUUGUCGGCCUGGUUGGUGUUGCCUACGUCGCCCUCGAGUUCAUUCCGUCCAUUGAGCCGCCGGCCAACAUGCGGGAGGCGGAUGCCGGCUGGGGCGCCGAGCAGGUGUAAAAACCCCGCCAGAUUCAUCGCUGGCUACUGGGCUGCUCCCGUUACAGCGCGAGGUAUACAGCUUUUUUGGAGCUCUGCCAUACCGAGAACGCAUACAAUCGAUCACUAGGGCACAGUGUCGGCUUUAUGUAAGGAGCUGGACUACAUUACAGGGCAACCUGGGGCAAGCUUUUCAGACAUUUUUGGCGCGUGGCUUCAUAGAGCAAAUGUCGGACUGGGCAAAGCUGGUGUUACAUUGGGGCAGGUUCGUUGAUCUAACGAUGUAUGAUAAGGACAGGUCAUAUGAGAGGUCGGAUGCGGCGGUCCAGCAAGUUUUAAGGUUUCCCACACAAGCUGACAAUACAAGUGCUUGGCCGUUAA